AUGUCACUUCUGAACGGCAGCAGCCUCACCCCCGCUACAUUCAUCCUGAAUGGUAUCCCUGGUCUGGAGGAGGUGCACCUGUGGAUCUCCUUGCCCUUGUUUACCAUGUACAGCAUUGCUCUUAUAGGCAACUGUGGUCUUAUGUACCUCAUCUACACAGAGAAGGUCUUACACAAACCCAUGUACAUCUUCCUCGCUCUUCUUUCCCUCACGGAUCUGCUCAUGUGCACCAGCACCGUUCCCAACACUCUCUGCAUACUGUGGUUCAACCUCAAGGAGAUUGACUUCAAUGCCUGCCUGGCCCAGAUGUUCUUUCUGCACACUUUCUCGGGGAUGGAGUCUGGAGUGCUCAUGCUCAUGGCUCUGGACCGCUACGUGGCCAUCUGCUACCCGCUGCGCUAUGCCACCAUCCUCACCAAUGUGGUCAUCGCCAAAACAGGGCUUCUUGCUUUCCUCAGGGUCGCAGUGCUGGUUGUUCCUUUCUCGUUCCUCAUCAAACGCCUCCCAUACUGUAGGGGCAACGUCAUCCCUCACACCUACUGUGACCACAUGUCUGUUGCCAAGAUAUCCUGUGGGAACAUUAAGGUCAACGCCGUCUAUGGUCUGGUUGUGGUCCUUCUCAUUGGGAGCUUUGACAUCCCGUGCAUCACCAUCUCCUAUACGAUGAUCCUGCGGGCAGUUGUGAGCCUGUCGUCAGCAGAUGCGCGACAGAAAGCUUUCAGCACCUGCACGGCGCACAUUGGUGCCAUCGUCAUCACCUAUGUCCCGGCCUUCUUCACCUUCUUUACACACCGCUUUGGGCAACACACCAUCCCUCCCUACAUACACAUCAUUAUGGCUAACCUCUAUCUACUCACGCCUCCCACGAUGAACCCUAUCAUAUACGGGGUGAAAACCAAGCAGAUACGAGAGAUUGUCACUAGGUUUUUGUAUAGAGGAAAGGAAAAUUCUUCUCUUAACAUUUAA